AUGGCCGACUCCGAGACACCACGAGGCCUGCCUCCCGAUGAGCGAGUCGAUCUGCUCUUAUUACGCUUCAUUAAAACAGCCGCCGAUGAUGAGAUCCAACUCAGGAGGGACGAGCCAUUGUGGGCUCAUCAUAUGCCAACCACUGGUGACACAAUUCAAGGGAAGCAAAAGGAAACUGUGGCUGCGGUAAAUGGGACUCCCAAUCAGAGGAAGCGUAAGAGGACUUUAUAUAGUAAAUGGCAGCAGUUGGAGCUGGAGAGCGUAUUUGAAGUAAUCCCCUAUCCAGACAUCAACACCCGAGAGCAGCUAGCCAAGAUCAUCCGGCUGCCGGAGUCUAAAGUACAGGUUUGGUUCCAGAACCGCAGAGCUCGGAAAAACAAGAGCGGCAAGUUGGACAAGACACUUUAUCGGCGAAGUUCAUUAUUUCGUCCUGCUCAUCUUUGCCGAAAUGCUAUGUCACCAUCACAUAACUACAGUCAAAGAGAUACCCUGAUCACCAUGACCUUCCCACCAAACCUGGUUGGACCUUAUGGGCAUGAUUAUCAGCAGGUACCUGGAGUUCAGCAGCCGGGGUUCCCCCCCAUCCUACAGGAAUCUACACCCAUUUUCCAGCAAUACUCAGCAGAAGAGACCUAUCACUGUACCUAUGAACAUUCCCAGUGGCAGAAUUUGACCCUGAGUGGUGUGAAUUCUGGAUACGGCUGUGAGGCCACCGUGUAUGGCACUCCAAUAGAUCACUGCGCAUCUCCUUCUCUUGGACCAUCAUAUUGGGAGUUAUUUCCUCACACUGUGAGUGCAAACGGAUCACAGACCUCUCUAGGAUACAUCUCAGAUGUCAUUUACAAUGCGGCCAUACUUACUAAUCUAGGGGAUCUUUAG